AUGUUGUUCCUGAUAUGGUGCGUGGCAGUGAUAGUGGCGUUAGCGCUGUACCUCAAACAGAAGUACUCGAGGUUUUCAAAGUAUGGUGUCAAAAACUUACCCCCAGUCCCAUUGCUGGGCAAUAUGACAAGAGUCAUUUGUCGCAUGGAACACUUCGCCGACCACAUUGAGAGGAUUUACAAGGAGUUCCCUGACGAGAGAUUCGUUGGACGGUACGAGUUUUUGAACCCUAUGGUAGUGAUAAGGGACAUAGACUUGAUAAAGAAGGUAACAGUGAAGGACUUUGAGAACUUCCUGGAUCACAGGACAAUGGUGGAUGAAAAGACUGACCCACUCUUCGGAAGAAACCUGUUUUCUUUAAAAGGUCAAGAAUGGAAGGACAUGCGAUCAACUCUAAGUCCGGCGUUCACAAGCUCCAAGAUGAGACAAAUGUUGCCAUUUAUGGUGGAAGUGGGUAAUCAGAUGAUUGAAAGCCUCAAAAACAAGAUCAAGCAAUCAAAAACUAAAAAAAUCGAUGUGGACUGCAAAGACCUGACCACUCGAUUUGCUAAUGACGUAAUAGCCUCCUGUGCUUUUGGUCUAAAGGUAGAUUCUUUGGUUGAGGAGAAUAAUGACUUCUACGAAAAGGGGAAGGAGGCAUCCACUUUCAACUUCCGACAGUUGCUAAUGUUCUUCGCUAUGGCUAAUUUUCCAAAAAUCACGAAGCCUAUGAAGUUAAGAUUGUUCAAGGACGUGACAACAAAGUUUUUCAAGCACCUCGUAAUGAAUACCAUGAGUGAGCGGGAGGCGCAGCAUAUCAUCCGACCAGACAUGAUCCAUCUCCUCAUGGAAGCCAAGAAAGGAAAGCUGGUACACGACGAGAAGACUACAAAUGGCACUGACGCUGGAUUUGCCACUGUCGAAGAAUCUAAUGUUGGCAAAAAGAAUAUUGACAGAGUAUGGGCGGACGAGGACUUAAUCGCGCAAGCGGUGUUGUUCUUCAUCGCUGGCUUCGAGACAGUAUCUUCAGCAAUGUCUUUUGCGCUGCACGAGCUCGCUGUUAACCCUGACGUCCAGGAGAAGCUGGUGGCUGAGAUCAGGGAGAACGAGAAGAAGAAUGGCGGCAAAUUUGACUACAACUCCAUACAAAACAUGGUCUACAUGGAUAUGGUCGUGUCAGAGGUUCUUAGGCUUUGGCCGGCCGCGAUAGCAUUAGACAGGCUCUGCAACAAAGAUUACAAUUUGGGAAAACCUAACGAUAAAUGUGAAAAAGAUUAUAUAGUCCGUAAAGGGGAGGGCCUGGUAAUACCCGUGUGGGGCAUCCACCACGACCCUGAGUUCUACCCUGAACCCGACAAGUUCGACCCUGAGCGGUUCUCGGAAGAAAACAAGCACCGUAUACAACCGUUCACAUACGUGCCCUUCGGACUAGGUCCUAGGAAUUGUAUAGGCUCUAGAUUUGCAUUGUGCGAAGUGAAGGUGAUGCUCUACCAGUUGCUGCAGCACAUGGAGAUAUCGCCUAGCGCCAAGACCAUGAUCCCAGUGAAGCUAUCCAACGACACCUUCAACCUUAGGAUCAAGGGGGGCCACUGGGUCAGCAUGAAGAUCAGGGAAUAGAAGAAGCUGCUGAAGAAAAAAUAUGUCUCAAAUUAAAAUGAUCACCCAUAGUAAAUGAUUAUCAAAAAUAAUAGUAAAAGGCCACCAAAAGUAGUAGCUAGUAUGUAAUCACUAAAAAAAUAGUAAUUGACCAAAACUAGUCAAAGAUCAUAAAAAAAAUAAAAAAAUAUAGUAAAUGAUCACCAAAAAAUACAACUGCUAACAUAAUCACACCUUUGUGCUUUCUAGUGAUCACUUGCCUUAAAUUUUUGGUGAUCAUUUGAAUAUUCUCCAAAAAUAUUUGCAGAUUUCAUCAAAAUACCUUAACCCACGUCAUGUUAAGUGCCCUUUUGAGAGGUAGAGAAUAGUGGCUUUCCCGCUCGAAUCGGAGCGCUGUCUGGAUAAGGGGGAGUAACCUUCAUCUUGCUGGUACCUACAGUGAAAUACUAAUAUGGUAUUAUGUUUCUGUUGAUGGCUAAAAAGUGCCAAUUUUUAUAUGAAAAAAAUAAAAAAAGCAAUUGAGGGACCAGUUGAUGAGGCAGUAAAGUGUAACUGCUCCAGCCUCCUUCAUUUUGCCAACCUGAACUCAAUUCCCUAAUACAUUGCUUCGUUCUGAAAGACAAUACCUUAAAAUAGUAAUAUUUUGACCUUAGCCUUCUUUAAGGGGCUGUGAUCUACUUCUUUUUAUCCAUCCAUCCAUCCAUCAGCCUUUCUCCGUCCACUGCUGGACGUAGGCCUCCCCCAUAGAACGCCACAAUGCGCGGUCCUGCGCUAUUCGCAUCCAGCGGCUCUCAGCACAUUUGACGAUGUCGUCAGUCCACCUUGUUGGGGGCCGCCCCACGCUGCGUUGUCCGGUACGUGGUCGCCACUCGAGGACCUUUCUUACCCAACGGUUGUCAGAUCCUCGAGCGAUGUGGCCUGCCCAUCGCCACUUCAGCGUGCUAACUCUUCGGGCUAUGUCGUACACACCGGUCCUUCUACGGAUCUCCGUAUCUGGGAUCUUAUCACGUAGGGAAACACCGAGCAUAGCUCUCCAUAGCACGCUGCGCGACUCUGAGUUUUGUUUAGAGGCCGACAUUCAGAGACUUCUUUUUAUAAUACACGGCAACUUAUGUAAUGUAAUACUGAAGUGAUAUUUUAUAAUAAUUGGCGGAAUUGCGGAUAAAUCCCUGUUGAGCCAUUUUGUCGUGUGAGGUGGGUCGU